AUGGCCACGGCAUCUCACAUUGAGCUGAGUCCGGCCGGCGCGGGUGUCUACCAUGUCCCAGAUAUACCCGCAGAGUCCGGCAAGAUCGGAAGCCAGCUGCUUCAGGAAAAUCACGACAAGUUCCACAUCUACUUCAAUACCGGCGGCUUCCAUAACCACAUCGCCCAUCACCUUUUGAGCAUUUAUGCCCUAGGAGCCACCCCCGAAGAAAUUCAGAAGGCCUUCGAUAUCAACAAGACUUAUCAAAGAUCACAGUUCCCGGUGGAUGAUCGGGAAGUCGAAGCAUUGGCAGAUCCUGACAAAUUCAAGGAAUUCUUGGGCAAGGAGAAGUAUUUCCACGAGUUUGAGAUGUUCUUCCAGAGAGAAAUGGAGAAGAAGGGCUGGGAGAAGGUUCUGAACGAGCAGUUGUUCGCGCGGAGCGAGCAUGCUGAGAGGAUCCUUGACAGAAUGUUUGCUGGCUUCUUACAUCCCCUGAUUCAUCUCGGGUUCGGCGUCGAGUUCAAGCAGCCAGCUAUCAUUGUCGAAGCCCUUGCCCAGGCAGCAAUACACGAUGGGUGGACGGGGAAAUUCCUUCACGCCGCCGAAGAUGCCGCGAAAAGCAACACUACAUCGAAAAGCCUGGUGCAGCUUAUCCACGAGGCUCGUGCAGAUCGUAAGCUGCGCACAUCGGCUCACUGGGAAGAUGGCAACAAGGUCCGGGACGGUGUUUUCGUCCGGGCUCCCGAUGAAAUGAUAUCAUUGGCAUCUCAGUGGCACGUCAAACCUGACGAGCUGGAGCAGAAGACGGCCGAGAUGAUCAAUGCCGCUGUGUAUUUCGCGGGUGCAGCACAGAAACCCACCAAGCAGAUCAAGUUCGACUUCUUCUACAUGCACUGCGUCAACUGCUCCAUUUUCUUCUCGGCAUUCCUGAAGGAGCCCUGGUUGAAGGUGGAGGACAAGUGUCGACUGCUGGAAUGGAAGGGCCGCAUGGAUCUUGCGCUAUACGUAUCGCGGGGAUGUCCAGAGCUGCUGAUCGACGAAAUCAAGAACUAUGAACCCAAGAACUCGGGCGACGGAUGGACAGAAAUCAUACGUCGAGUGGACAGGUUCCCGGACGAUGGCCAUGCCAGCAAGCUUGUCCGGGCAAUUGCACACAGCGAGCAAGUUUGCAAACCAUUCGAGGCUCAGGGGGACGAUGUCUUCCCCAUCAAAGGAGACAUGUUCCUGAAGUUGGGCCACAUGGCAAUUGACUCGGUGGAAUCGAGUGAUCCGAACUGGGUGAGAUCGGCUGGGUUCGAGGAGGCAUGGGAAAAGAUUCCAGGACGGGCGAAACUGUGA